GGCUGUGAUCGGAGGACCCUUCGCCACGCAGGUGCGGCAGUGAUGGGGCGGCUGGUGGUGGUGGUGGCUGUUUUGGUGGUGUGCGGCGGAGGGUUGGCUGCAGCCUCUGGCGGGUGCGAGACGUCGCAGGCCCUGCUGACGCUGCCGGGCCGCGCCUACGUCGCAGGGAUCUUCGACAUACACGAAGGCGAGAACUGCUCUGUAGAGAUUUCUUCCGGCAGAAAGAAGAUGGCAGCAGCUGCCUGGGUCGUCAGCGCCCUCAACUGGCAGCUAACAGAACCCGACGUGCAGCUCGGUUUACGAGUCUAUGACGCUUGUAGUUCAGAGCUCAGCUCCCAGAUGGCAUUCAUGGCUGCAGCAGUGGACGCCGACUGUAAGGAGACAUACUCUUUGGGCGUGGUGACGUCGUCGGCGGUGUGGUCGCGGCUGGGGGAGCUGCGGUCCGCGCUGCCGCUGUCGCUGUCUGCGCGCCCGGCAGACGUGGAGGGCCGCGCGCUGCCGCUGCUGCUGGAGACGGCGGCCGGGCUGCUGAGCGCCGCGGGCUCCAGGGGCGCCGCCUGCCUGCUCGCCUCCAGCCGCCACCUGCUCACAGACUUCCAGCGCCGCGCCGCGCGCCAGGGGCUCUGUCUGCCGGCCCCCGACUCCACGCUGCUGCUCACCGAUCUGCCCACGGGCUGGUCGCCGCCGACGGACGGGACGUGCGUGGUGCUGGGCCCGUGGGCGCAGGUGUCGGCGGCGGUGUCGGCGCUGGGCAACGGCUCUGCCCCCGGCUGGCUGCUGGUGGCCACGGACGGCGUGCCGGAGGCCGCGGCGGCGCUGCAGGCCGUGCCGGAGGGCGCGCUGCUCGUGGAGCCGCGGCUCAGCCUCAGCCUGUCUGCGCCGGCGGGCAACGCCAGCGCCGCCCUGCGCGACCGCUGCGGCUUCGCCCCGGAGGACUACGUCCAGUGCCUCGCCCUCUUACCGCCUACACAGGAGCUGGAGGCGACGUCCGGUGAGGACGGUGGCGCGACGCUGCGCGGCCUGCUGGAGGCGGCGGGGGCGGCGUGGCUGAGCCCCGCCGCCAGCCGGGUGACGUCAGACGAGGAGGCGGGCCGCCGCCUCGCUCCUGUGGCCGCCUACAGCAGCGUCGACGGCGAGGGCGACGUGCAGCUGGUGCUCACCGCGGACGUCUCGCUGCCCCCGGAAGGUAACGAGACGUGCUACACAUUCGACGAGGAGGCGGCAGCAGCCGCAGAGCCGGCGGAGGCAGCGUGGCCGCAGUGGGAGGUGGAGUUCCGGCCCGAGCCGUGGGCGGCGGCGGUGGCGGCGGUGGUGUCGCUGGGGCUGGCGGUGUGCGUGGCGGUGGGCGCGCACCUGGCGUGGCGCGUCGCGGCCGGCGACGUGCUGGAGGGCCGGCCGGCGCUCACGCUGCUGCUGCUGCUGGCCACGGCCGGCGCGCUCGCCACGGCCGCCGCCUUCCUGGUGCGCGCGCGCGCCCCGCCGCUGCAGGCGCUGCUGUGCGCCGCCAGGGCCUCGGCGGCCGCCCUCUCCUACGCGCUGCUCUUCUCCCUCAUGCUGGCGCGCGCACUCAUGCUCGCCGCCUGCGACGCUGACGGCGCCGUCGCCAGCAGUUUCCUCAGCCACGUCAACGGCUACCUCCAGAGCUCGCUGUGCUUCCUGAUGGCGCUGACGCCGUCGACGCUGGUGCUGCAGUUCUGGCUGGAGUGGCCGUCGGGCGCGGGGCAGCGCGAGGCGUGCCGCGGCGGCGGCGUCGCGCUGUCGCUGCAGCUGGGCUGCGACGCGCUGCUGCUGCUGCUGCUGGUGUCGGUGUCGCCGCUGGCGGCGCGCUCGCGCCGCAACUACCGCGAGGGCGCCUGCUUCCUGGCGGCCGCGCUGCUCAGCGCCGCCGUCUGGGCCGGCUGGCUGGCCGCCUUCCUGCUGGCCGGCGACGCGUGGCGCGACGCGGCGCUCGCCUCGGGGCUCGCCGCCACCGCCUGCUGCGUCGUCGUCGCCGUCUUCGUGCCGCGCACCUACCUCAUGCUGUCGUCGGCGGUGCGCUCGCACCUGGCCAGCGCGCUGCCCGGCUCGCUCGCCGCCUCCGCCUGCGCGCUCAACUCGGCGGCGGCGCUGGGCGGCGUCGCGGGCUCCCAGCAGGGGCUGUACGCCUCCGUCAACGCCGACAUGGCGGGCCCCGGCGCCGCCGCCGCCGCCGGUAACUUCUACUCGCCCGACGCCGGGCUGCCGUUCGGCGGGUCGCCGCGCGUCCACAGCAAGCUGUCGCACUUCUGA